AUGGCCAAGCGCAAGAGAGCCAGAAUUGACACUAGGGUUACUCCGGUCAGUCGGCCGGACUCAAUAUCACGGCUGUUAAGCCUCCCCCAAGAAAUUCGCUAUUUGAAUUGGGAAGCAGUGGUAGCCGAUCCGAUUUUAGUGGGCGUGAAAGCCAGACGGGGUGCACCGAUGCAGGUCAUGGAUGUCUGGUCAGUCGCCCUGGGUCCGGAAUGGGCAAGUCAGCGCUGCGAUAAAUGGCACUGUCCGGCACGACAUAAGAAGAAGACUCGAGGAACUGGGCCUUUGAGCUGGCUCCGAACGAAUCGGCAAAUCUACAACGAAGCACAAUCCGUUCUUUAUGAUAAUAUGAGUUUCCUCAUCUGCGAUCCUAUUGUGCUGGAGACCAUUCUCUCUGACCAACUGCCCAAAUCGAGUUUGAAGCCCGAGACUAUCUCGUCGCUCUCUUUCUGCCAAAAACUUCUCAUCGAGCACGAUCGCGGGGAUGGGUUCACAUUCAUGAAGGGUCCGUUGAGCCACAGUAAUCUUUACUGGAUGUGGUGUUUUGCCUGGAAAAGAUUACCCGAAGACGGCGAAACAUUGGAUAAACGGAUGAUCAUGCAUAAGGAGGUCCGCAUCCGAAUGUAUUUCAGCUGCCAAGGGGGCAACGAUCGACUGGUGAUCGGUCAUUUCAAGGAUGGGGGGCCUAAGAAGGGGGUCUUGUAUCGGCCGAGGGAUGCCCGCCUAUUGGUCUGCCAGGACGAUGAAGAAAGCGUUGGGGAGGUAGGUAAGGCCCUGUGUGAGAAGAUGCCAUUGAACAUGUUCAAAAGCGGCAGCGAGAAAUACGUGCAGGUGCAGAUCCACCUGGACAGUAUUCACCACAACGAUCAAAACAAGUGCGGACAUCCAUGCGACGUCUGUUGGUGUAAAAAGCGGGAGAUCGAUGGCGACAUAUUUCCCGGAACUGCACUCACUAGCGCGGUUCGGAGGCAUUUAUUAUCGACGAACUGA